AUGGCACAUCCAGCCAACUUGUUAGCACCUUGGCCUUCAACCCUUCAUGUUCAUCUCAUUGUCUUAUUUUCUAUGAGCAUACUCAGCUUGCAACCUGAGAUUUGUCUCUGCAAUAUGGGAAAUGAGACCGAUCGUAUUUCACUUUUGGAGUUCAAAGUCAAGAUAGCCACAGAUCCGUAUGGAAUCUUGAGCUCAUGGAACGAUUCUGUCAACUUCUGCAAAUGGCAUGGGAUUACUUGUAGCUCAAAACACCAUAGAGUUGCGUCUCUAAAACUGCAAGGGAUGAGGCUAUCAGGCACCAUAUCUUCAUAUACAGGGAACCUCACCUUCUUAAGGUUCCUCAACCUUGCUGACAACAGAUUUUAUGGGGAAAUCCCCCAGGAAGUUGGCCGUCUGUUUCGUCUAAGACUUCAUAAAAGACUUCAUAACCUGUCGGACAACACAUUGAGAGGAGAAAUUCAAUCAACAUCAGCUUUUGUUCAGAGCUCAAGUGAGAAGCUUUUGAUUAUGGUUUUAAGUGGAUGGAAGGUGAUAUUUGCUGGUUGGUAUCAUGAGGGUAACUUUCUCCAAGGACCCAUUCCUCCAUCCCUUGUGUCCUUGAGGGGUCUCCAACGCUUAGACCUGUCAAGAAACAACUUAUCAAGAAAGAUUCUAAAAGAGAUAGAAAAGCUUCCUUUUUUGGAAUAUCUGAAUCUCUCUUUCAAUAAUCUUGAGGGUGAGGUACCAACAAAGGGAGUGCUCAACAAUAUAACGGCAGUUUUACUUGUUGGAAACAAAAAUCUUUGUGGAGGAGCUUCUAAGAGCUUCAUUGCUGAGUGCAAAGCAUUGCGAAACAUCAGACAUCGAAAUCUAGUGAAGAUUUUGACGUAUUGCUCUAGGAUUGAUUUUAAAGGCAAUGACUUCAAAGCUCUGGUGUAUGAUUUCAUGGCGAAUGGAAGUUUGGAAAUGUGGUUGCAUCCACAAGAAGAUGGUAUUAAUCAGUCAAGGAAUUUAAACCUUCUUCAAAGGCUUCAUGUUGCCAUUGAUUUGUCAUCAGCAAUGCAUUACCUUCAUGGCCUUUGUGAAACACCAAUCAUUCAUUGCGACCUAAAGCCAAGCAAUAUUCUGCUCGACACAUACAUGAUUGCUCAUGUUGGACGAAGACCAACUGAUGAAGUGUUCAUAGAUGGUUUGAAUCUCCACAACUUUUUUAGGUCCAAGCUACCAAGACGAGUGAUGCAGCUUCUAGAUCCCAAGCUUAUUGCAACAGGAGAAAUUAGAGCAGAAGAAAUUGUUGAAGACAACAAAAGUGAUGAUGGUCAAAAUGAAAUCCAAGAAAAUAAUGUGAAUAUUGAAAAUUUGAAAUUACAGGGAAGCAAUGUGCAAAAAUGUGUUGUAUUAGUCCUCAAAAUAGAACUAGCAUGCUCAGCAGAACUACCAGCAGAUCGAAUGAAUAUGAGCGAUGUCACAAGAAAACUUAACAUAAUCACAGAGGCUUUUGUUCGUGCAAGGACUCAUUAA